AUGGCGAAGUCGCCUUUAGAUACUCCUAUUGGGCCCCUUCUACUCGUCGUAUUCGAGUCUAUCCUCGAAGUUUUCCUACUGUGCCUUGCGGGAUACAUACUAGCACGGAAAGGGAUACUUGACAAGAAGACGCAAAAGCAAUUUAAUAGGGUGAACGUGUCUAUCUUCACCCCUUCGCUGCUCUUCUCGAAAGUCGCAUUCUUCCUUACCCCUGCAAAAAUGAAGGAGCUAUGGAUCGUGCCGUUCUUCUUCUUCAUCACGACUGGCGUAUCCAUGGUAGUCGCAUACGUAUUGAGCAAAUUGUUUAGGCUGAAGCGCUCGCAAAGGAGCUUCGCCAUGGCAGCGUCCAUGUUCAUGAACUCAAAUUCCCUCCCUAUCGCACUGAUGCAAUCCCUUAUCACCACCGUCAAGAGCCUCAAAUGGGGCGAUGAUGAUAACAAGAGCGCGAUGAUCGGUCGUGCCCUCACCUACUUGGUGCUUCACAGUACGCUUGGCAUGGUGCUACGCUGGAGCUAUGGUGUUCGCCUCCUCGCUCAAGCAGAUCCCGAGACGAAUCCUCAAGUCGCCGGCCCAGGCCCUGAUCAGACGAGCCCACUCCUCGAGCGCGAAGAACUUGCCUUCCCACCUGCGCCCGCUGAGGAACAGCUGCACCAUCAUCGCCAUCUAUACACCGACUCUGAAUCGACCCAGACGGCCUCGGGUUCUUCCACCCCUUAUCGAGACCCGCACGCGGAAGAUCAACUGCGCCGCGCUGCUGAAGAGGCCGGCCUGCCUCGCUCGUGGGGCACCCCUGGCAUCAAACCGCCGGCGAUCCUUGUGCGCGCUCCGACAGGCGAGGGCCUCCUCCGUCCAGGCAUGGACAGGAAAGGCACGGGCGUGUUCUACUCCUUCCCGAACUCGCCUUCGCACAUGGCUCGCGAGUUCGCCGAGUCGGAUGACACCCUGCCGCCGUUCGUGCUGGAUUCGGACGAAGAUCACGACGACGAAUUUCCUGCACCUGGCGUGGGUCGACGGGAGAUCACGGCGCCGGCGACGUCCCGGAUGCAUUCGUUCAGACGCAGGGCGUGGCGAAGGGUGAAGGGAUUCUGGACGGCGUUCAACGAUUUCAUGACGGUCCCGCUUUGGGCCGCGCUGCUGUCGCUCAUCGUGGCGCUCAUACAGCCUCUCCAGCACGCGCUCGACGAUCAUUUCCCACCCGUCAAGAAUGCGCUUAGCGCCGCGGGCAACUGCUCGAUUCCGGUCACGCUCAUUGUGCUCGGCGCGUACUUCUACAAUCCGCCUGAGCCCGGCGCGGCCGAGCAGCCGCCGGUCGUGGAUGCGCGCAAAACGAAGCGUAGCUCGAUGGCGAGCAUCGCGAGCGUGGUGGGGAGUGUGAAGGGCAUGUUGAAGAUGGGGAGCUUGAGAGGCAAGGAGAGAAGGGACGGCAGUCCGCAAAGCUUAUUGGCGGGGGCGAAGAAGGGGGAGAAGGUGCCAGGGGAGACGAAGACGGUGUUCGUGGCAGUGGUGAGCCGGAUGGUCGUCACUCCGUUGCUUCUGUUGCCCGGCAUGGCGUUGUCGGCCAAGUUCGAUUGGCAUCAGGUCCUCGAGGAUCCUGUGUUCGUUGUGUCGAAUGUUCUCCUCAUCGCAUCGCCACCCGCGUUGACGCUGGCCCAGAUCACUCAAGCUGCCUCCGGCGACUCGUUCGAGCGCCUCAUCAGCCGCACGGUGUUCUGGUCGUACUGCGUCGUCACUCCUCCCGCGACCAUCAUCUUCGUCGUCAUCGGCCUGCUCCUCUCGAAAUUAUGAUUUCCAGCUUUUCCUAUACACGGACUCUCCUCUAGACCCACAGUGCCUCCUCCCUCUCUUGUCCUGGUCUGCAAUACCCUAAUGGUGUUUUCUGUCACAUAACGCGCCAGUGUGUAUACUCACUCCUCAUGCAUAUGCUAGACUCUG